AUGUCGCUGACCAAGGCUGAGAGGACCAUCAUCAUGUCCAUGUGGGGCAAGAUCUCCAUGCAGGCGGACGCCAUUGGCACCGAGGCCCUGGAGAGGCUCUUCGCCAGCUACCCCCAGACCAAGACCUACUUCCCGCACUUCGACCUGCACCCGGGCUCGGCGCAGCUGCGAGCACACGGCUCCAAGGUGGCGGCCGCCGUGGGCGACGCGGUGAAGAGCAUCGACAACGUCGCGGGCGCGCUGGCCAAGCUGAGCGAGCUGCACGCCUACAUUCUGCGCGUGGACCCGGUCAACUUCAAGCUCCUGUCCCACUGCCUGCUGGUCACGGUGGCCUCGCGCUUCCCCGCCGAAUUCACGGCCGACGCCCACGCCGCCUGGGACAAGUUCCUGUCCAUCGUGUCCAGCGUCCUGACCGAGAAGUACCGCUGAGCACAGCCUCCGGACCACGAGGGCGGCCUGCGACCCCUCCCGUGCCCCUGAACCCUCCCACAGUUCCUCCCGGGACUCCCCAAUAAAUGGAUGAG